AUGGCUUCCCCUGCUCCACCAUCCCCCACCAAGCCCUCGGUCCACUCUGCUCCUCUCUCUUCACCACCCACGGAUGCCGAGUGCCAAUCAUGCACACCUCGACCAUACGUCGAGCGCAUCCGAUCGCCCUCUCACAUCCUGCUGGCCAUCCGUCUCCUCUUCACCGACCCACAACGCCAGCGCGAUCUGCUCACCAACUGGCUCCAUGUCCCCAUCGGUAUCACUGCGCUGCUCGUGCUGGUAUGGGCGAUCAAGCUCGGCAUGGACCGAGCUCCCUUCCGUUUCCCCAGCCCCGUCAUCGCCAUGCUUUUGCUCUUUGCGCUGCUGCUCCUCGCCGACUACCUCUCCAUCCGCUUCCUCGCGCGCAAGAACGGCAGAAAAGUGCUGCUCGCUCCGAUGCUGGCGCUGCUCGAGGCGCCGUGUGACUUUUGCCUUCGAUACAUGUCGGUCAUGUUCACGCCCAGCUUUAUCCUCAUCCCCGCACGCGAGAUCAUCGCCGCGCGCGAAAUCGGCCUCAUCACAGGCUGGUUCGCCGCCUCCCAAUUCGCCGCCCUCGCCUUCCCCGUCAUCCUCCACAAACUCGGCCGGUGGGCAAUAGCGAGCCUCAAACACCGCUCUACCAAAAACGUAGAGCAGAGGAGGGAGAGUGAGGCUACGCUCUUGGGCGUCCUAUCGCACACGCUGUCGGUGGGAGAAAAGCCAAGUUUGGCCAAGGGCUUGACGGGGGUUACUGCCGUCGUCACCGCCCCAGUGGCAGCAGUCGCCGCGGGGGUUGGGGAUGCAGAGCGACAGUUGACACAUGUGCAGCUCGAGACGGCGAGGCAGCAGGGAGAUCCGUAUGCCAUGUCGCACUCCCCCGUGCGCGAGCAUCACUAUCCCUCGCCGCGCUUGGGCCACGAGCAUCCUGGCUUCGCACGAAGUAGGUCGCUCGCAAGACGCUUCGACCGAGGAGUGUCGCAGUCCCCACAUACAAGAGGCAGGAGCGGGAGACCGCAGAGCGCCGGCAACGAGGCGGCGUCGCCCACGUUUGACGAGUGGAUCUUUAGCGCAAGACAGUCCAGGAUUCAACAGCGACAGCUCGAGCCGCUCGAGCACGAGGCAGACACGGUCGUGCCUACCCUCGCACCUCCCACGCCGGCGAGGAUGAGCGCAGACUGCAGCCCGAGCGCUACGCGCAGGCCCAGUCGCGCAGACAGCGAAAUCACCGUCAGCAACGAUCACCCACCCACCCACCACGAGUCUAAAUCCAAGCAUCAGCUGCCAGAGCAACCUCAAUCGGAGGAGGAGGAGGAGGAAGAGGAGAAGAUGGAUGCAGUCGACCGACUCGUCGAGCGACUUUGGGACAGCAUCCCCUGGUUGGUGACUCUGGCUAUCGUCGUUGCGGGGCUACCCGUCUUCUACCUGGUCAACAUCUCGCUGCCGCUCUUCCUGGGCAUCAACAUCCUGACGUUCCUGUUCAGCAUCACGAUUGUCCCUCCACGCAUCCGUCGCUUUGCACACCCCAUCCUCACCACCUCGAUCCUCACCGUCCUCAUCCUCUGGGGCCUGGGUGCCGCACGAGGCUGGACGCUCCGCCGCACUCUCUCAACCUACUCGGUGGAUGCCAAGUACACGGUGCUCUGGUCGACAUCCGGCUACACCGGUCCCGUGAUCGGAGCAGGCGAUGUACUCUUCUCCACUCUCGAUGCCGGGAUUGUAUCGCUGGCGAUUCCGAUGUACCGAUACCGUCGGGAUCUGUGGCUGCAUCUUGUCGACAUGCUGGCGGUGCUGGUCCCCUGUUCGAUGCUGUCGGUCUUUGUAUGGCCCACAGUGGCAGGGGCUAUCGGUAUCGCCCCCGAACGCGCCCUAGCCUUCGCGAGCCGCUUCAUGUCCACCCCGCUCGCCAUCGAGCUAUCCCUUACCAUCGGCGCCGACGAAAGCAUGACGGUGAUUCUCGUCGUCGUCACGGGCAUUGUGAUAACGAUCGUCAAGGAUCCCUUCUUUAGACUCUUUGGUCUCGACCCGAAAAACGACGGAGACGCCGGAAGCAAGGACUAUUUGACGAUCGGUAUUGCCAUGGGCAGCACGGCCGGCGCUAUUGGUGCUAGCAGUUUGAUCGCUACGCCAAGAUGCAUGGCCAUUGCAUCGUUGAGCUUCGUGCUGUUUGGUGCGAUCCUGCUCAUUUUGGCGGCGAUCCCGCCCGUGGUGGAUACGCUAAGAGUGCUCGCAGGCGCCAGCAUCCAAUUCACCCCCGCAACCUAG